AUGAAAUCUAUACAAGAUAACCAGAAAAAGCAAGACGAUAAAUUAGAUUCUUUGAAUGAUCAAAUCAAUGAAUUGUACGAGAAUGAAUAUGAUGACUAUGAUUAUUUAGACUUAAAGCCUCGGGCUAAAACUGCUAGUUCAGAUGACUAUAAUAAGGAUGUGCAAGGCAAAUCAAAAGUUUCAGAACAGUCAGUUGAAAAAAGUAGGUUUACUACUACAUGUACUAUGAGCAAUCGGUUUAAGCAAAAAGAAUUAACUGGGGAAAACAUUGAUGAAACCUUGGCAGAAAACAUUACUGACUUGUUUAGAAAUGGUAUGAAUGAGAUAAAUUUUAUAAAAGAUAUAGAAGACUGCUUUAAGAUUAUCAUAGCAAAUCGUAUUUACUUUGAACGUGGAAGUUCAAGAUCCAGAGGACGAUUUGGUAGACGUGGUAGAGGCAGAUAUGGCCGUGGAAGAGAAAACGGGGAGCCGUGA